CUCACUCUCUCACGUGUUGUCAUGUAAUGUGAUGUGACAUCAGAGCUGCUCUCCAUAGAUGGAGCUGCUGCACAGUGGAGCAGAGAGGGGGCUGUGUGCUGGGGACAGCGCUGCACUCACUGAAACCAGAUCCUCUGUCUGAUCUGCACAAUACCAGGAGCCACUCUCUGCAGGAGCUCCACACACCCUGCCUGCAGCCUGGCACUGAGAGCCGCAGCAUGAAGAAGAACGUCUCUGCAAAGAGGGGUCCACUGGACGGGAAUCAGGCCCCCAGCCAGCCGGAAAAAGUGGGCUGGAUUCGUAAAUACUGCGGGAAGGGCAUCUUCAGGGAGAUCUGGAAGAACAGAUAUGUGGUGAUCCGGGGAGACCAGCUGUACAUGUCAGAGAAGGAGGUGAAGGAUGAAAAGAAUGGGCAAGAAAUUUUUGACCUGAGCGACUACGAGAAGUGUGAGGAGCUGCGGAAAUCAAGGAGCAGGUCUAAGAAGAACCACAGUCGUUUUUCACUUGUGCGAUCAAAACAACCGGGAAACACGGCACCGAACCUGAUCUUCCUUGCUGUCAGCCCGGAGGAGAAAGAGUCUUGGAUCAACGCCUUGAACUCAGCGAUCACUCGAGCCAAGAACCGCAUCUUAGAUGAGGUCACGGUAGAAGAAGAUAGCUAUCUGGCCCAUCCGACUAGAGACAGAGCGAAGAUACAACACUCCAGACGUCCGCCGACAAGAGGUCACCUCAUGGCUGUGGCAUCUACCUCAACGUCCGAUGGAAUGUUGACUUUAGACCUCAUCCAGGAAGAAGAUGCCUCUCCCGAAGAGCAAAGCUGUGAGCAGAGCUUCAGAGUGGACCUGGAUAAGUCUGUGGCCCAGCUGGCUUCAGUCCGCCGCAGAUCAGACUCUGAAAACCUAAAGUGCCCAGAAAAGGGAAGGUCGGAAAACCUUCAACAGGGAAAAAACCAAAUACCUUGGGAUAAAUGGGCUCCACAUCGCGAUUCAUUUGGAAAGGGCACAACCUACACACCUCAGGUUCCCAAAAAAUUGUCCUACUCCGAGAAGAACAAAUGUGCCUCCAUGGAGGAGAUCUUGUCCCGUUCGGACUCUUCUGGACAGCGACCGAUACCAAAAAAGGUACCAGAGUCAGAUAAGCUGAUGCGAAUACAAGAACUGAUUGCUCAGAAGAUUGAUAAAACUCAGGAACUUCUCACCGAGGUGAAAGAAUGUGGGGAUGGGAAAAAAAAGGGAAAGGAAUCUCCCGGGAAGGUGGACUCUGAAAAUGUCCUACAAGAAGCUGAAAGGUUAUUAGGAGAAGCUUCUUACAACUGGAAGCAGGCUAGGAAGGUUCUGCAGGAAAUUAAGGAGCUGAGAGACCUUUAUAAACAAGCAGACCCACAGUCCUCAGACCCGAAACAGAAACUGAGCAGUCAUUACAGAAAAAGCCUCAUGUAAAAGGUGCGAGUGUUUAUUAUGUCCUCAUCUCCAAAAAGGAAUAUUUCCUGCUUUCUGGCUUCACGACGCAAAGCCAAGGACCACGGCGAGUCGCAGAGCCCAGAAGAGGGGAGAAGUCGGGCUGUCUCCAGGAAGGUCCCUUGGCUUUGCAGUUUUCUUUACCAACCCGUUCAUUUCGGGGUGGUCAUACAUGCUGUAGAAUGCAGCAGGCUGUUGAUAUAUAUGCAGGGAGCCCCGUGGAGGCGAUUGGGAUCCAAUAACAUUUGCUUUUAACCUGCGCAAACCAGAAUCCUUAGGCUCUAGGAGGCUGCAACGAGUCUUGGGGCAACUGGAUGAGGCAUGUGACUAACUGUAUAGUCUUGUAGAAUGUGCUAUCCAAUACAAGUUAACCCAUUUCCAUUGUUACACGUGUUUACAUCUGCUUAGUUACUGUGCAUUUUACCUUUUCUUUCAUCAGGCGGCACCAUAACAGUCAAGGGGAUUCAUUCUCUAACCACUUCAGACCAUCUGCAUUAGGCUGUAGCAUAAAUUGGUACUGAGUAUGACUAUGCACUUUUGUAUCCAGGUGUAUUUUUCCUUUGCAAUGAUCUGUGAUGAUUUGAUAUGCGCCGCUUGUCCCCUUGGCUGAACCAAUCAGUUGGUGUAACACUGGUGACAUCAUCACAUGGGCAGGAGGCACCUUGGUGAUGUCACUAGACAUUGACUAUACAAAUUAGCCUUGAUCCUCCCCAUUAACACCCUCAUUUAAGUUGAUUUAACCGGCUUGAAAAUCAAAUAUUGGAUGCUCCCCGGAUAGCUCAUCAGUGGUUCUCACUGGGGUACUCAAAAUUUCCAAAAUGGCUGCAAUUUCCCCUUUCUUCUGGUAUACAAUGCAGCCCCAGUUUUGCCAUGUUGCACUGUUGUCUUCCACUUUGUUUUUGCUGUGAACCGUUUUCAUCUCAAAGAUAAAAAUUAAAAUAUGGAAUUCAUCCAUCUCCUCCUUUCAGAUUUACUAAAGCCGAGCAUGUUAAGUUAAACUUGAGGCCACUAGCUGUAAUUUUGUGCUCCAUCCUUCGUUUGGGAAGAAUGCCAGUCAUCCAUUUGGCAUGUUAAACAGUAGCUGGCUCCCGUUACACAGAAAUUAAAACAUCAUGGCUUAGAAAUGUCUGCUGAAAAAUUCAUGGCUUCUGUUAAAUGGCUGUAAAUGAUUCAGAAUGACGUGCUGUGUAUGGGUGUACUUGAUGUAUUGUAGCAGAACUCUUCGCUCAAGGACGUCUCCCUACCAACAAACCUUAUAACAAUACUAUUAAGCAGCAUCUGCAUUGCAGGAACCGGGUGGAAAAGGCACCACUAUAUUGCCAGGCAUCUAGUGUAUAGCACAGAAUUGUGGGAUAUAUGGUGCAGGGUUUGCUGACGAGUCCCUGACUGCAAUGAUCCCAGUGCUAAUGAGGACGGUAGUGUUGUUACUGGCAUCAGGUCAGGUUAUGGUUAGGAACCAAACUGCAGAUUAGUUGUCCUAGGCAACAACUAUUUUAUUGCCUGUUAAAGAGGUUGGCCACUUUCUGGUUACUGUUGACGGAUCUGUUUGUGAGAUGAUUAUAUGGCACUCACUAAUAUAACCUUUAUUGAAAUUCUGCACCAUUUCCAAUAUCUCAUAAGGUAUGACCCACUGUUUACAAAGUCUUGUGUGCUGUCCACACAGAGGUCCUGUCCACAAGAUGGCUGCCGAUGGAGGGUCAUGUGACCAGGUGAACCAUCUCCAUCUCUACUUGUUCUGUUGGGAGUUUAGUGCAGGUGCGGUGUGUUUGAAUGGUGGA